UUUGUGGUUAUGGAUUAACCUGAGUUCCGGGGUAUCAUGGCGGCAGGAGGGCGAACUUGCAGUUCUCUGCGACCCACCCCUACAGGUGUCAAUAACUCCAGAAUGUGGCAGCUUGCAAGCCUCUUGCUGUUCGUGGCCACCUGGGGAAUUUCCGGCUCAUCAACCCUUCCUGUCCCCUCCAUCACAGUGAGUUUGCCUUCCCGCAAACCAGACUCAGUGUUCUCCAGCAGUGAGCGCGCCCACCAGGUGCUGCGCAUCCGCAAACGCGCCAACACUUUUCUGGAGGAGCUCCGGCCAGGCAGCCUGGAGCGGGAGUGCACAGAGGAGAUCUGCGACUUCGAAGAAGCCAAGGAGAUUUUCCAAAAUGUGGAUGACACACUAGCCUUCUGGUCCAAGUACUUUGACGGUGAUCAGUGCGAAGGAGCGCCCUUGGAGCACCAAUGCACCAGCCCGUGCUGUGAACACGGCACGUGCAUCGAUGGCAUCGGUGGCUUCAGCUGCGAUUGCAACAGGGGCUGGGAGGGCAGCUUCUGCCAGAACGAGGUGCGCUUCUCCAACUGCUCGGUGGACAAUGGUGGCUGCACGCACUACUGUCUGGAGGAGCAGGGCGGGCGCCGAUGCACCUGCGCGCCGGGCUACAAGCUGGCUGAUGACCACCUGCACUGCCAGGCCUCAGUGAGGUUCCCAUGUGGAAGACUAGGGAUGCAAAUGGAGAAGAAGCGCAGUUACUUCAAACGUGACACAGACCAAGUCAACAAAGUAGAUCCGAGGAUUGUCAAUGGGUCAAUUACCCGACAAGGAGACAGCCCUUGGCAGGUGAUCCUACUGGACUCAAAGAAGAAGCUGGCCUGCGGGGGGGUGCUCAUCCACACCUCCUGGGUGCUGACCGCAGCCCACUGCAUGGAGAACGCCAGGAAGCUCACUGUCAGGCUUGGUGAGUAUGACCUGCGGCGUAGGGACAAGUGGGAAGUGGACCUGAACAUCAGGGACGUCUUCAUUCACCCCAACUACAGCCGGAGCACCAGUGACAAUGACAUCGCCCUGCUCCGCCUGGCUAAGCCCGUCACCCUCUCAAAGACCAUUGUGCCCAUCUGCCUCCCUGACAGUGGCCUUGCAGAGCGUGAGCUCACUCAGGCCGGCCAAGAGACAGUGGUGACCGGCUGGGGUUAUCACAACAGCCGAGAGAAGGAGUCCAAGAGAAACCGCACCUUUGUCCUCACCUUCAUCAAGAUUCCUGUGGCCCCGCGCAAUGAGUGCAUGGAGGUCAUGAACAACAUGAUCUCCGAGAACAUGCUGUGUGCAGGCAUCCUAGGGGAUGAGCGGGAUGCCUGUGAAGGGGACAGUGGGGGACCCAUGGUCGCUCUUUCGCGAGGCACCUGGUUCUUGGUGGGCCUGGUGAGCUGGGGGGAGGGCUGUGGACUCCUGAACAACUAUGGUGUCUAUACCAAGGUCAGCCGCUACCUAGACUGGAUUCACAGCCACAUCAGGGACAAGAACAACUCCACUAAGAUCCAGGUGCCAUAGCACCUCUCUCUUAUCUCUGGAUCCCAGAGGCCACUCUGCAGUGGAGCUGGGCUAUUGAAUGGCAAUACCUGGGACAUUAAAGGGUAUGUGACAGCCUGUG